AUGAGGUGCCGAGUGCUUCAUGUCAGCAAAGCGCUAAACAUCAACCGCCAACCUUUCCACACGCUGGAGGAGGACAAUCCAUUCAAACUGCCUCCUGACGACCAGAUCUUUGCCAUUCGCGAGAAAGAGAGGCAACGCCGCGCUGAGGAGCGCGAGAAAGUGAAGCAUCAGCACGUCUGGGAGAAGCUGACGUCUGCGUCGAGAAUCAGCAGGACGCGCAGAGUAGACGACGGCAUCGAUGAUGCGCAAGUGGCGGAGGCCGCGCGCAAGGCGCGUGCAGAGCCCCGCCCCGAGGGCCUUGCAACUGGCCGCGACGCUCGAAGGGAGAAGGAGAACAUUGCCGACUUCGUUGCGAAAAAGCGCGAAAUGUUUUUGGUUCAGAUGAGCCUGGACGUCAAAAAGGCAGAAAUCCUGAAGUUGGAUGCCAGAGCCAAAGACAAAGAGGAGGCAUUGAACAAGUCAAAGCAGAUGCUUGACAAGGAUGUAGAAAGGUUUGAUGCCUUCUUGAGCAACAACGACGAUCGGGCCCAUGAUGCCAUGCAGAAGGCCGAUAAAAUGGCCAAGGACAAGCAAGACCGAGUCAUCCGAAUUAAGCAGCUGAAGUCCCAGCUGAGCGCCAUCCAGAGCGAGAUAGCAAAGCAUCGAGAGCAGAAGGAUGAGUGUUUGAGGUUCAAGGACUUCCUCGUGAACCUCACGCCAGGUGAGUGGAAGGAGCAGAAGCGAGAGGAGAAGAAGCAGCGCAAGCUGGAACGUCGCCGGAUCGCGGUGGAUGCUCGCAUGGGAGAAAUAGAGGAAAGGAUGCACGCGGAGAUCGAAGCUGAAGAGCAGGCAUUCAAGGAAAAGGAGGAGAAAGAGAAGAAGGGUCGGCGUCGCCAGAAAAAGACCGAGGAGGACGAGCAAAAGGAACGAGACCAAAUGGAAGCACGCCGGCGCCGCAUCGCCAGGAAAUACCCGACAAGGGACCAAGUGGACGCGGAGUAUGUUGAGUAUUCCAGUGGGGAAGAAAUGCCUCUGUAUUUUCAAGAGCCUAAGCAGCUGCUCGACAUUUUUACUUCACUGGAAGAAUCCAACCUCUUCCUCAUACAAAACUCACAGGAUACGGAGCAAGCGCUCGAAGAGUUGGAGCAGAAAUUUGCAGCAAUGCGCAAAGCACGAGAGGCUAUGAGCAACAAGAUGAAGCUUCAAAUCGGGCAGCUCGAACGUCAAAUCACGGAUGAGAAAAGUAAGUGCGACGAGUUGAAACAGGCAAUUUCGCAGAAGCAUGGCGGUUCCGAAAUCGAGGAUCUUCUGGACAAGCUUGGAGAAGGUGUGCAGGAAGUGCAUGGUAUUUGCACACAUGAAAACCAGGAUGAUGGGGAUACUUUGCAAAUGCUGGCUCGAAUUGAGUCCAAGCUUGAGGAGUACCUUGCCUAUUUGGAUGAGGCAGAGGAGUCAGGCCUUGGAGCUCGGGUGCUAGCAGAGGAGCACAAAAAGGAGCGCCAGAGGCGCUUGGACCUGCGAAUGAGCCGCAAAUUGCAUCAAGAAAAGAAGAUUGAAGAUCGACUGAAGGCAUCGCUGCAUCGGUCACAGGCUCCGGUGCAUAAGAAGGUGGGCAAGCAGAUCAUGUUCCGGUCGGCGCCGCUUUUCCAAGCACGACGGGUCGUGCAGGAGGAUGAUGGUUAUGAGGAGGCGGUUCGUGAACACAAUAUCUUCGGGAUUUGGCUAGACAAGGAGGGAAUCCCCAAUGCGCAGCAACCAGAGAAGGCGGAGACGUGA